AUGGCCGUGGUCUUUAUUUUGGCACAGUCGAAGGAUGACUGGGGCAAAUGGGGGUUCCGGAUCACUGUCAUCUCGAGCUUAGUGGCAAACCUGGUGGUCGCCAUCGUGUCCGGGACACGGCGGCGCUCGGCGCCCCCCGGCCGGUGGUAUUGGUAUGGGUUCGUAGGCCUGGCGGGUAAGGGUGCCCUCUGGGGUGCGUACCAGCUCGCUGAGGUAGCCGCGACGAGCGCAAUCGGCAGCCUGUCCCUCUGCGGCACCGAUGCGUCGGAGGAGGAGCAGCAGGUGGCGGCGUUCUGGGGCCAGUUCCUCCUGUUGCACCUGGGCGGCCCGGACAACCUGACCGCCUACGCUCUAGAGGACAACAAGAUGUCCUGGCGCAAAUGGUUUGAGAUAGUCUUUCGGAUUCUGGGGAUGUGGUAUACCAUCUACGACAACACGCACCGCGGCGGCCGCAGCUGGGGUCAGCUGCUCGCGGCGUCCGUCGUCAUGAUGUUGGCCGGCAGCGUCAGGUACGUGGAGAGGGCGGUGGCGCUAUACGAAGCCAGCUUCGACAAGAUGAAGGAGUCCUCAUCAAGCAGCAGCAGCAGCAGCAAGGACGACGACAAGAUGGAUUAUUCACUGAAAUGCAGAAGGAUCGAGGCUGGGAACGCCUCGUCGUCGAGCAGCAGCAGCAGCUGCAGCAAGGACGACGCUAAGAUGGCAUAUUUGAAAUUCAGAAUCGAGAAGAUGAAGAGGGAGGGGCGGUCGCUGAGCGACCGAAAGGCCCUGCUCCUUGCUCAGGACCUGUUCCCCGUCUGGCGCCAUGCCCUGGUCGAUUCUUCUGUCGAUCCAUAUUCAAAAAGGCAACAAGCCAGCGAGGCGAUACUUACCCGUUUGGAUGGGCGGGAGUGGGGCUGGGAGAACAGGUGCAAGGUGGCCGAGAUGGAGCUCUCCCUCAUCUACGAGUUCCUCUACACCAAGGCGAUCCUGGCGCACAGCUGCACCUGGCUCUACUAUCUCAUCCGCUUGCUGUCGCCGCUCUCCACUGCCGCCGCCGCGUUCCUCUUCAGCUCCUGGCUGCUCCAUCCUGAUGAUAAUGGCGGCCGCCGGGUGGUCAGGGGAUCCUUUGUCGGGAUCACCUACGCCCUGCUGACCGUCACCUUCCUCAUGGAUGUCGCGUGGCUGCUGAGGGCCCUCGGGUCGACAUGGGCGUACGCCUACCUACGGGAGCUCGCCGGCGGGGCCGGAACGAGACGGUGGUGGUGCAGGCUCCACCGCAUGGUCGUCCGCCUGGACCCGUUGCGGCUAUUCGGCUGCGACCCGGUCAGCCACAGGCUGUGGUCGGGCACCAUCGGCCGGUACAACUUGCUGCACGAGUGCAGUGCAGCUCGCGGCCCGUGUCGUCCAGAGUUGUGGCCCGUGUCCAUGGCUGGAGACGACAAACCCAAGGAGAUGCGGUAUCUGCAUAAGCUUCCUAAAAGCGUAAAGAGAUUGCUGUUCGAGCGAGUGACGAAAAUAUUGCAGGAGGCCAUUGAUAAGCAAAAACUAAAAAAGGAUGCUGACAAGAACAAGAACAAGAACAAGCACAAGGACAAGGACGAGGACGAGGAGUACAAGAAGAUGUACAGCAGGGAGGACAUCAGGACACACUGGGGCCAGAAGGCCUUCCUCAGUGCACAUGAACAAGUCAGAAAAAAUAUCAAAGCCAAUAUCGAUUCGAAUGGAUUGAAAAUUAGGACGCCGUGGGACGAGGGUGCUGAGGCGACCGCGCAAAUUAGGACGCCGGGGCACGAAGGUGCUGAGGCGACCGCGACGCUGUGGGACGAGGACGAGAGGCGUCCUAUGUUCGGCACGGAAUUCGAGGAGGACGUCCUCUUGUGGCACAUCGCCACGUGCAUGCUCCUCCCGCACAUCAGACGGAGAGGAAGUACUACACCACAUGCGUGGGCAAUUGAGGUAUUGUCGGAAUACAUGAUGUUCCUUGUGGCUGUCCGUCGACAAAUGCUACCUGGCCUUGUCCUCCACAGCCAGCUGCAGGUAACCCGCGAAACAUUGAGGGAAGUAUGGGUUAAGACUGAAAGGGACAAGCUUUCUAAGUUACUACCCGAAGGAUGUAUGAUGGAAAACAAAGAAAAGUUAGCCAUGUUCCUGCGACGCGUGACUAGGGAGAAGCCGCGGGAGGGGGAAGCUUUUAUUCAAAUUAAAGGCAUCGAAGGUACGCGACUUCUCGCGCAUGCAGUAGAGCUUUAUUUUGCCCUAUCAGGCGACAAGAAAAGACUUCGUCUGCCUGAGCCGAGACUAGAUGAUGAUAAUAUGCUGGAGUUCAUCUUCAAUGUGUGGGUGGAUAAGCUGGUCUACGCGGCCGUCCGGUGCAGCAGGGAGGCCCAUGCCACGCAGCUCAGCGCCGGUGGCGACCUCACCACCGUGCUGUGGAUGCUUAUCCAACAUGCUGGCCCGUUUUGCAUAGGAGAAACAACCAGCAUCUACAUCAUCCUAGAGGAGCCGAAGCUGACCCCUUGA